AACUUUUUGUCCUUCGACUUUACCAUCCAUCAUUGACCGUUCCACAAGCUACGAACACCCCCGAAGCCAGCCAAAAUCAAUCUUACGCACACGAUCGCCACAAUGCCGCGCGCAUGUUGCCUCAACCGCGAUACAAACGAGACGAAGAUCCAGGUCUCGAUAAACAUCGAUGGCGGCGACCUCUCACCCUACGAGCACAGCGACUUCUGGGCGGCCUACGACAAGAAGAGUCUCAAUGGCGAUGGCGAAAAGGUAGACAAGGACCACGCUACCCAGAAGUCGACGUCCCAGGAGAUCUCCGUCGACACCGGCAUCGGCUUCCUUGACCACAUGAUCCACGCCAUGGCCAAGCAUGCCGGCUGGAGUCUGCGCAUACGGUGCAAGGGCGACCUGCACAUUGACGACCACCACACGAGCGAAGACACCUUCUUGGCGUUAGGCACCGCCUUCAAGAAUGCGCUGCAGGGAAGCACGGGUCUGGCCCGCUUCGGACACGCAUACGCACCGCUCGACGAGGCACUGUCACGGGCUGUUAUCGACCUGUCGAACAGGCCAUAUAGCAUCAUCGAACUGGGUCUUAAGCGGGAGAAGAUCGGAGAUUUGAGCUGCGAGAUGAUCCCGCAUUGUCUACAAAGCUUUGCGCAGGCGUCGGGCACGACCCUCCAUGUUGACUGCAUACGCGGUGACAACGAUCACCACAGGGCAGAGAGUGCCUUCAAGGCGCUUGCGGUCGCUAUCAGGCACGCGACGACCGUGGUGAAGCAGUGGGAGGGUGAGGUUAGGAGUACAAAGGGCGUGCUGUAUUGAAGUUAGGCAGGCCAUGAAAGAAACUUGUCAGCGUAACCCUGAAACCAUUCUUAAAGCAAUGGAAGCAGCUGCCAACGGUAUAACAGAGCUGUAAUGACUGCCAUGUCUGUCUAUUCGUGCACUAACA